AUGCUUGUCUCCUCGCCGUUCUCACGCCGCCUUGUCGCAAAUACUGGGGAUGUCUCCCAGAAGGUGCUCCGCCUAAUCGGCCCUUGCAUACGGCGCAAUUUCGCGUCUGACAGCUCCCCUCCGUCGGGGACCAUAUCAAGAGGGAAGUACAGGUUUCUUGACCUUCUUCCCCGGGAGCAGGAAAAGUGGAUGACGUUGCGUGACUUGACUUCCCACAACUCUAAAAUCGCCGUCGUCGUCAUUCGUGCCAACCGAAAUAAGAAACAACAAAAGGCGUCAUCGACGCAGCCGGCAAUCGCUCUCCCUGCCCUGUCGAAGUGGUUCACCUCCUCCUCAGGAUGGAUCGACUUCUCGGCGACUCUCGAGCCACAUAGUGAAUGCAUGGUUCCAUACGAGCUCCUGGUGCCGGCCACAGUUGUGGAGGAGUUGCCGCAAGACAGCCCCUUGGCCACGUUUCUCCAGUGGCUCGCCAAGCAAGAGCAACCCCUAUACCAGCAGCUGAAAGACAGCCUCGAGUACAACAUUAAUCUGGGUCGGCUAGUGCCUAAGGCGGACACAGAAACCUCUAAAACGCGCUUUAUCCGUUUCGAAGCCCCCCUGGGCCUUUUGCUCGCCGCCCUCAAAUUCAACAAACACCAACCCUCCACAACCGGCCGCUUAAACAACCUCUACGUAGCCCAAGCACGAAUAGAGUUCCUCCCCCAUGAACUCCAAAGCGACCUUCCUGUUCCCGAGGUCAUCACCUCCAACGGCGACGGUGACCUCUACGCCUCCAGCGUCUGGUUUGGCCUCCAACCGACCUACACACCCCUACACCGUGAUCCAAACGAUAACAUAUUCGUUCAGUUGUGCGGGACAAAAGUCUUUCGGAUCAUGGCCCCCUUGGCGGGGGGACGGAUGUUCAACAAGGUGUGCACCGACCUGGGUAGGGAGACAGGUAACUCGAGGUUGCGGGGCAUCGAGAUGAUGGAGGAGCCAGAACGGACGGCCUUCUUCGAAGCCGUUUGGGGCAAGCAGGCCCCGGUAACUAGUAUUCAUGAGGUGGUGCUGCACCCGGGGGAUGCGAUGUACCUGAGAACCGGAUUCUGGCAUAGCGUGCGAGCCGUGGGUAAGGAAGGCAACUUGAACGCGUCGGUCAACUGGUGGUUCCGCUGGCGCAAUAUAAACCAUUCGAAAGUCGAGGAGGACGGGAAAAACUUUAAAAGCCAGCGGCACAAGUAG